UACCGAGUAGGGGAGCGUAACUGCGAGCAGGCAGCAGCCAAAGUGCCAUUAAAGCACCGGGCGGAAAGGAUGCGUUACGCGGAGAAGGACCUAAGGAAUUGCUCCAUUUGAACUGUGUCGACUGGCAGGAGGAUGGGAGACUGGAAUUGAGAGUCACAGAGGAAGGACAGGGGAGUCUGGCAUUUCACUGAUCUAAGAGUGAGUUAUGGCGGAUACCUGGAGAAGGUCUGACUUUGACUCCAAAUGACCAUGCUAUCCUAAGGAUAGGAAUGUCCUUACUUAAGAUGACAACAUUCAAAAGUUUUGCUUCUGAUCUGCAUAUUUAGGGGAGGAUUUGAAAGGUAACCUUAAAGGAUUGUCAUAUAGUUCUAUUCAAGAUCUACUAAGCAUCAUUUUGCAUGACUACUGCAUAAGGAUUACAUUGCAGAAACCAGAUCCUUUUCGAAGAGCACAAUUUGGACACUAUUCUCAGCAGGGAAAGCUCUAAUGAAGAAACAGCAGAGCUGCUAAACACAAAGGGAUACAGAAGACCCUAUGACCAAGGAUGGCUUCCUCAUGGAAACUGAUUCUAUUUCUGUCAGUCGCUGGGUGUCUUUCAGAAUAUUCUGAAGCUCUUCCUAGUCUCCCAACUUCAUACGCUGCUUUGCUAAGAAUUAAGAAAAGUUCUUCUUCUGCCCUCUUUGGUUCAAAAACCAGACCACGGUUCAGCAGUCCUUCAUUGGGAACACUGAGUGUUUCUUCACCAAGCUGGCGAGGGGCAGCUCCACAGUAUCAUUCACCCGUCAAUCUUUAUCAUUCCCCAGAGGCCUUCAAACAAGAUGAAAGUGUGGACUAUGGGCCAGUGUUUGUGCAAGAACCAGAUGAUACAAUUUUCCCGACUGAUUCCGAUGAAAAGAAAGUAGCACUGAACUGUGAAGUUCGCAGCAACCCAAUUCCCAGUUACAGAUGGCUUCGAAAUGGGACAGAAAUAGACUUGGAAAGUGAUUAUCGCUACAGUUUGAUAGACGGCACCUUCAUUAUAAGCAACCCAAGUGAAGUAAAGGAUUCUGGUCAUUAUCAGUGUUUAGCAGCUAAUGCUUUUGGAAGUAUUCUGAGUAGAGAAGCCAUACUUCAGUUUGCCUAUCUGGGAAAUUUUAGUGGCCGGACAAGAAGUGCAGUCUCUGUGAGGGAAGGCCAGGGGGUUGUUCUGAUGUGCUCUCCUCCGCCUCAUUCACCAGAGAUCAUCUAUAGCUGGGUGUUUAACGAGUUCCCUUCCUUCGUGGCGGAAGACAGCCGGCGCUUCAUUUCCCAGGAGACAGGCAACCUUUAUAUUUCUAAAGUCCAAACAUCAGACGUUGGCAGCUAUAUAUGCCUGGUGAAAAACACAGUGACAAAUGCUCGAGUACUUAGUCCUCCAACGCCGCUCACACUACGGAAUGACGGUGUGAUGGGAGAAUAUGAGCCGAAAAUUGAGGUCCAUUUUCCUUUCACGGUUACAGCUGCUAAGGGAACAACUGUUAAGAUGGAGUGCUUUGCACUUGGCAACCCCGUUCCAACAAUCACGUGGAUGAAAGUUAAUGGUUAUAUUCCUAGUAAAGCACGUCUGCGGAAAUCUCAGGCAGUGCUGGAAAUACCGAACAUACAGCUGGAUGACUCAGGCGUAUAUGAGUGCAGAGCUGAAAACUCACGCGGAAAAAAUUCCUUUCGUGGACAAUUGCAAGUAUACACCUAUCCACACUGGGUAGAAAAACUGAACGAUACUCACUUAGAUAGUGGAAGCCCUCUCCGAUGGGAAUGUAAGGCCACUGGAAAACCCAGACCCACAUACCGCUGGCUGAAGAAUGGAGCUCCCCUAGUGCCUCAGAGUAGGGUUGAGAUGGUUAAUGGAGUGUUGAUGAUCCACAAUGUGAAUCAAUCAGAUGCUGGAAUGUAUCAGUGUUUGGCUGAAAAUAAAUAUGGAGCCAUUUAUGCUAGUGCUGAGCUGAGGAUUUUAGCUUCAGCCCCCACUUUUGCACCAAAUCAACUGAAGAAAACCAUAAUUGUUACCAAAAACCGAGAAGUCAUCAUAGAGUGCAAACCCCAAGGCUCUCCAAAACCAACCAUCUCUUGGAAGAAAGAAGACAAAGCAGUUAGAGAGAACAAAAGAAUAGCUAUUCUUCCAGACGGGAGUCUACGGAUCCUAAACAUUUCUAAAUCAGAUGAGGGAAAGUAUGUUUGCCAAGGGGAAAAUGUCUUCGGUUCUGCUGAAAUUAUAGCCUCUGUAUCAGUAAAAGAACCUACAAGGAUAGAACUUACUCCUAAAAAAACAGAGUUAACAGUAGGAGAGAGCGUUGUCCUUAAUUGCAAAGCAAUUCACGAUGCUAGUUUGGAUGUCACUUUCUAUUGGACACUAAAAGGACAGCCUAUCGAUUUCGAGAAAGAAGGUGGACAUUUUGAGAGCAUCAGGGCCCAAGCAUCCUCUGCAGAUUUAAUGAUCAGGAACAUCCUUCUGAUGCAUGCUGGGAGAUAUGGCUGCAGGGUACAGACCACAGCAGACAGUGUGUCAGAUGAGGCAGAACUUCUUGUUAGGGGUCCCCCAGGCCCACCCGGGAUCGUGAUAGUUGAGGAAAUCACCGAAAGCACAGCCACACUGUCCUGGAGUCCAGCCGCUGACAACCACAGCCCCAUCUCCUCCUACAACUUGCAGGCUCGUAGCCCAUUCUCCUUGGGCUGGCAAACAGUAAAAACAGUUCCAGAAAUUAUAACAGGGGACAUGGAGUCUGCCAUGGCAGUCGACCUGAAUCCCUGGGUGGAAUAUGAAUUUAGAGUGGUAGCCGCCAAUCCGAUUGGGACUGGAGAUCCAAGCACCCCAUCUCGAAUGAUCCGCACAAAUGAAGCAGUUCCAAAGACAGCACCUACCAACGUAAGUGGAAGAAGUGGAAGAAGGCAUGAGUUAGUCAUUGCCUGGGAGCCAGUAUCUGAAGAGUUUCAGAAUGGGGAAGGCUUCGGCUAUAUUGUAGCUUUCAGACCCAAUGGAACACGUGGCUGGAAGGAAAAAAUGGUGACAUCUUCUGAUGCUUCAAAAUUCAUUUAUCGAGAUGAGAGCGUCCCUCCUCUUACUCCGUUUGAAGUGAAGGUUGGCGUCUAUAACAAUAAAGGAGAUGGGCCUUUUAGUCAAAUUGUGGUCAUCUGUUCAGCUGAAGGAGAACCCAGUACUGCUCCCAUAGAUGUCAAGGCUACAAGUGUGUCUGUGUCAGAAAUUCUUGUUGCAUGGAAGCAUAUUAAAGAGAGUCUAGGAAGACCACAGGGAUUUGAGGUUGGUUACUGGAAAGACAUGGAACAAGAAGAAGCCACAGAAACAGUCAAAACUAGGGGGAAUGAGUCAUCCAUUAUCCUGACAGGAUUAGAAGGAAAUACGUUAUAUCACUUCACAGUGAGGGCUUACAAUGGAGCUGGUUAUGGGCCACCUAGCAGUGAAGUGAGUGCAACCACCAAGAAAUCCCCCCCUAGUCAAGCACCCAGCAACCUCAGGUGGGAGCAACAGGACUCCCAGGUUUCUCUGGUUUGGGAACCUGUCACGCCACUAGCCAAUGAAUCUGAAGUCAUGGGUUACAAGGUUUUUUAUAGGCAAGAGGGUCACAGCAACACUGAAGUCAUUGAAACACAGAAGCCUCAAGCAGUAGUACCACUCCCUGAUGCUGGAGUCUAUAUUAUCGAAGUCCGAGUAUACAGUGAGGGAGGAGAUGCAACAGCUAGUUCCCAAAUCAGAGUACCAUCCUAUUCAGGUGGGAAAAUCACAAGCGCUCAGUCGACCCUCCACACUCUGUCCACAUCUUCUUCAUCAGUGACAUUGCUCUUGGCAUUAAUGAUCCCUUCAACUUCUUGGUGAAAACUGCAGACUUAAUUUGCUUUUCUUUGCUUUAGCUUGAUAACAGUGACAUGGAGAGUAGUGUAAGUGGAGAGGCCAGAACGCUGAGAUGAGCUUUAAAAACUGUGUGACUACACAUGGUGCACUUACAGAAGGUUGGGGGAACUGUUACUUAUCCAUCAGGUUUCUGUUUGGUUUUGUAACUGGGAAGGACAGUUCUUGGUCCAAUAAAAAUAUGCAGAUUGUAUGUAAUGAAUUUUUGUAAGCAAAGAUAAUUUCUGUCAGAUGUAUUCUUAACUUUUUUAAUAUGUCGGAAUUUGAUUUUCUAUCUGAUGACUGAGUGUGUGCCAUCCAUUUGUUAAGGAAGUGGUCUCCAGAUCUGUUUCAAAAACAAAUACAAAACUAAGAAUGAGAAGUUUGUAUAAGACUCUCAGUCUAGUGUUUUUCAUCUUCCAAACUUCAGCUGACUAUUCCAAUUGACAAACCAGUGGGAGAAAUGAAAAACAUUUCAGUUAUGUGGGACAUUAUAAGAUAAGUACACAAAAUAUUUUGUGGAAAAAAUAAUUGUGUGAUUGCAUAGCAAAAUAGCAAAGAUUUUCAAUAUGCUAUUCUACAUGCAUCCCUAGAGCAAGUGAUUAGAGUAGGGAAUAAGCCAUUUACAUUAGUGCAAGGUAAAUAGAAAGUGAGUCUGAAUGAAUUUAAGUGCUAUUGUUUUCCAUCAGGCACUGUUAUUUAGCUGCAAAUACAAUAAAUGUUUAUUUUUAAUAACAAACAAUGGUUUAAAGUCACAAAAUAAUAUGUCACUAAAAUCUGUGGACACUGACUUGCUACCCUGGGUGCUACCUUGAAAAUGAAAUGAAUAUGGGACAGAAGUUUUCCAUUUCCCCACCUACUGCCAAAUUUGAUGCUGAUUUAGAUAUAAGGUUUUCUUCUAAUUGCAGAUUAUUUUACGGACAAUAAAAAUUUGUUGUGCAAAUAAAUAUAGUUUGUGGAUUAAAAUGAUUCAAACAUGAAAAAUAAAUUUUUAUUUUUUUUAAAGCAAGUCCAUGCAUCCCAGACUACAUGUAAAACCUUACUAACUAUUAAAAGAAAUUGAUCUUUCUAAAUUAAACCAUAGAGACAUGGCAUCAGCCCAGAGGCUCAGCUGGUCUAGCUAAUCACACACUUCUUAGCUCUUUGACUUGAGAGGUGAUCCCCAUUUACCACAUUGAGGAGCCAACUUGAGACUAACUGAUCCUAAAUAGUUACUGGAAAGCAAGGUGAAAGUAUCCUAUGUGAUGAUAUGUUACAGAAGUUCUAGAAAAUAUGGAUAAUGUGCCUGAGUUGGCAUUACACCCAUGAAGAUGCUUGAAGGUAUAGUUACUGCAAAGUUGGUUAUUGUAUGCCAAAAAGGAGGCUGGAGGAACUACAGUUUUACAGCUAAUGCUAAUAUCAAAACAAAAAGUAGUUGAUUUUUUUUUUGUUCAUAUAAUCUAAACCUGUUAACUAUUUGCAUCUUUAACAGCAAGCAAAAUGAACAUAGGUUGAGAUCAAACUGCUGACUCUAGAGUUCAAUCCUCAUAGAAUCAGAGCAGAGAUUAAAGCUCCUGUUCUGAACAUCCUAAAAGGUUGGUUUUGGAAGCACAGUGUAACUACCGAUAUCACUUACUUAUUAUCUUUGGGAAAUAAUGUCCAAGCCACCCCUAUAGAAGAAGCGAUUUAAUAGACUAUUUUAGUUAACAGAUAGUUAUAGUUAAGUAAUACCGAUGGUGACUAUUUGAGACUGUGAGUAAUAACUACCAAACGGCCUUUCUUGAGUGCCUCUUGCUGGAGGAAGAGGCUGGACUACAGAAAGAAGAUGCUAACUUUUUGGCUGGCAAAGCGGGAGCUCUCUCCAAGUGUAGAGUGACGUACAGGAUGAAAGUGGACAUCUGAAAAAAAAUGCAGCAAGAAUAAAAAAGAGUGGGAAAUAAUCUUUAGUUCCUAUUUGAUUAAUCAAAGUCAUUUUCCUCUUUUCCUUUGGUAUUUUAUCUCAGUUUUAGGGAAGGACUUUAAGAAUCAAGUUAUUACUAACACUCUUGUAAAACACAGUUCCAAUAAAUAUAAUGCUAAUAUGUGGCAAAGUCAAAUUAGCCAAUAAUUUCAUCUAGCCGAUGGAUGGUACAUAUCUGACAGAAUAUUUACAUACAGAAGAUCUGAUGUUGUAUUCUUACAGGAAUCAGAGAUAUGGGAUGUUUUUAUUCAACAUGCACAAAACGUGAAUUUUGCAUCAUAUACAUAUUUUAAAAACAGGUUUUAAAUGUUUAUGUGUUAUGUAUUACAUGAUUGUUACUUUAUGGCAAGCAGAACAACAUUCCUUAUCAAGGUACUUUAUUUUUUAGCUGCAGUACUUAACUGAGCUUUUUCCUGGAUGGGAUAGUAACCACACAGUCUUAAGUCUUAAGAGACUGUAUUUUUGUAUAAUGUCAACUAAACUACUGAAAAAGAAAAACACUCCUCAUAAUUGGAAAUUUCAUGAAAGCAAAUGUUUUGCAUACCAAAAUGAAGAUACUGUGGACCCCAUGUUAAAUAUAUUGAAUACAAUCUGUAUAUAUACUAUAUAUAAUGGUAUAUACCAUGUGGAAGGCACAGUCAGAUAAUAGUUCUGUGUACUGUUCUUGUAACAUUAGAUCUUUUUAAUAAAUAAUUCUUUUUAUUGACUUUUA